AUGCCGAGAAGGCCCACAAACUGGAAUCGCAAGAAGAUUUUGGCACUCGAGCUGUUGGACGAGGCUGGAUCUGCCACGGCAGCAGCAAAAGCGUUAUCUGUCCAUCGGUCGGCGCUGUUUCGAUGGAGGAAUAGCCGCAAAGCCUGGAAGAUGCAGCUCAGAAGGCGCCUAACCGAUGCUACGUCAACCCAUCAACUCGUUCUUCUCGUGGCGUUCGCCAUCCUGCUUUAG